UCAGGUCCACCCUUUCAUUUCAUCAACACUCCAACACGCAACGCAUAAAAAUAAGGCUAACCAAAACCUUGUGAACCAACCCAACUCCAACCCCACUUGCCUCCUUCCCUCUCUCUCGGCCUAACCCCAACUACUUCUCUCUCUCUCUCUUCCUGUUCUUCUUUGUCCACCAAAACACUUUGCUAACCUCAUCCCCAAUUUUUACCAAAAUUCCCAUUCUAGCUGAGGAAUGGCCCCCCACCAAGACGACGCCGUUCUGCCCGAAGGGGACCUCUCCUCCUCCUCCCAAGACGACGAGGAAGAAGACGACGUCGUCGACGACGACGAGGAAGAAGAUGACGUCGACGACGACGACGACGUCCUAAAUGAUGAUGUCAUCAACUCUGCCUCCCCUUCCACCUCUUCCGCCGGCGCCACCGACUCUCUCCCCGUCGCCAUCGCCACUCCCACCGUCACCGUCGCCCUGCCCGCUCGGGAUCCCCCUCCCUUGGCUCUGGCCACAACGACCUCCACCGCAACUACCGUAGUCGCCAACGACGCCGUAUUGUCUUCCGAUCCCAAACGACACGCCGUUCUGUCCCCCCAGCCCGAAGAGAAGAAGCCGGCGGCCCUCGACGACUCUCGGAGACUCUUCCAGAGGCUGUGGACCGACGAGGACGAGAUCGAGCUCUUGCAAGGCUUCCUCGACUACACGACGAUGCGAGGCAACAAAGGCUCGCACCACGGCCAAAACGACACCGCCUUGUUCUACGACCAGAUCAAGUCCAAGCUUCAGCUUGACUUCAACAAGAACCAGCUCGUCGAGAAGCUCCGGAGGCUGAAGAAGAAGUACCGGAACGUCCUCAACAAAAUCGCCAGCGGCAAAGAGGUUAGCUUCAAGAGCCCUCACGAUCAAGCCACGUUCGAGAUCUCCCGCAAGAUCUGGAGCAAUAUCGGCCGUAUCGGCCCCGACGAUAACGCCUUGGACGAUGAAGAUCCGAGCCCUAACCCUAACAAUCCCAAUUUCAACAAUUAUGAGAUUAAGAACGAGGAGGCUGCUGGUUUCGCCGGCGAUAAGAAGUCCACGCCGAGAUCGCGCAAGCGCUCGCGAACGCAGCUUAGAGCCGAAGAAAGACCGCCACCGUCCCGUGGAGGUUUCGUUGAGCCAUCGCCUGUAAUUAAAGAUAAUAACAACAGCAUUAAUAACAGUAACCAUGGUGGUGGUGGUGGUAAUAGUUGCAGCAAUUGUAAUGUUCAGGGGUUGAUUGAGGAGACGGUGAAGAGUUGUUUGUCUCCAUUGUUCAAGGAGUUGCUGAGUAGUGCAAUGGGCGGCGGGUCGGCUAGAGGGUUCGGAGGGUUGUCAUUGAAUCCUAUUCCAUUGAGCUUCGGCGGGCCGUCCAUGAAUUUGAAUUUUGGUGGUUGUGAAGGGGCAGAUGAGAAGUGGAGGAAGCAGCAGAUAUUGGAGUUGGAGGUCUACUCCAAGCGAUUGGAGUUGGUUCAAAAUCAGAUAAAAGUUGCAUUGGAGGAGUUACGAUCCAGCCGAGGCUGAUGAAUCCAUGGGGGUUUCAGAUUGAAGGUUGGCAUUGCUAGUAAGUUGUGGGACUUUCCUCGAAUCUUGAAUUUUUUGUUCAUAUAAAUUUGCUUGGUCUCUGAUCAAAUGGUUGAUGGUGCAGCUGGUGUUCGCAUUUUCGAAUUUUCGUCUUUGUUGGUUUCAUAGAACAGUUGUUGAAUAAUUAUUUUCUGAUGAUUGUUUAGUCUUUUGAUAGUUUUGUUCAUACGCUUUAGACAUGUGUAGAUAAUUGAUGAAAUAAUUUAUAGAUGAGAAAAUUUUCGUUUCCUUACUGUAUCUUGAUGUACAUUAUAUGUUUUUUGACAAAAAAUUGAUCAAGUCAGCCACUUAA